GGGAUUGUUACAGCAGACGACGGGGGUGGUGACAGGUGACAGAUACGACGAGGAGGUUAGAAGAGAUGGUGUUAGUUCGCGUGAAUAAGUUAUUUAUUUAUGUUUGUAGAAGCAGUUGACACAUACGUGUGAAACAAAGUGGAAAUUGUUUAUUCCAUCUAUUUGACGAGUACUGCCACGUAUUUUACGAAACAACAUGGCUCGAAACACAUAUUGUGGUUUCAUUCAUUAGAUUUGGAUGAAAUCUGCUGUAUGGCUGACUUUUAACAAGAUAACUUGUUACAAUGUCUGGUAACAAUGUUGUCCUUGGACGUGGAAGUGGGAACCGAUUUGGUGCGGGUGGAACACCUUUAGCUGGGAAACGCUUGAACACAUCCAAGAAUGUUCUUCUUAAGGUGGUGAUACUUGGCAAUGGAGGAGUGGGCAAGUCAUGUUUGAUGAACCGCUUUGUUUCCAACCACUUUGAUCAGAAUUCGUUUCAUACUAUUGGAGUAGAGUUUCUUAACAAGGACCUGGAAAUUAAUGGUGAAACCUAUACAUUGCAGAUUUGGGAUACAGCUGGUCAGGAACGCUUCAAAAGCUUACGCACUCCAUUUUAUCGCGGAUCAGACGUAUGUCUCAUAACAUAUGCCGUGAAUGACCAAAAAAGUUUUAAAGAUGUAUCAAUGUGGUGCAAGGAGUUCUUGACCUAUGCUGAUGUGAAAGAAGGAUCAAACUUUCCUUUUAUUCUUGUGGGAAACAAGGCUGAUGUAGCCGAGGAAGGAAGGCAGGUCACCCAAGAAGAAGCAAGAAACUGGUGCAAAGAAAAUGGAAACCCUCCAUUUAUUGAAACAAGUGCCAAAGAUGCCAUCAAUGUAGAAUUGGCCUUUCAAAUGGCUGUUGAUCGAUGGAUGAAGUUUGAAGAAAAAAUGGACCGUCACUAUGAAAGCGAAGUUGUUGAUCUUCAAUCAGUCAAACCUCUACAAAGAGCUUCGUGCUGUAUGAAUAGGAAUUCUUCAAGGACUAAAGAGUAGCAAACCUCUAUUUUAAAAUUGUUUUCCUUCUGUUGAUGCUUUGUGAGAUCAUAGAUGCUUGUCCUUUUGAUUAUUUUUCCUUCAUCCUUAUCAUGUGCUGUUUUGAAACAGCUUUGCAUCUUCUAUUGUAUGUGCUAAUGCACAAAGUUGUGUUAUCUAUUGUUGUUUUUAUUUUUAAAGAAGAGUUUUAUUCUUUUUAUUAUGAAUUUGGUGAUGGUUGUUCUAUUUUGCACUCUGCAUAUCAAGUUUGAAAUGUUCCAAAAUGUUUUUGUGGGUAUUCUUUUCACCUCAAAGUUUUAUCCAACUGUGAUAAUAGUUACCUUUGUAUUAUUUCUGAGGCUGCUCAUUUGCUUCAAACUAUUUCUUACCUAAUCAUCAUUUGGCACUUAAAGCUUUCUCGCUUCUAUAUUCUGCUUUUGCAUUUAUGUUAUAUGAGUAUGGUUUAUUAUAAAGACCUUUCUUGUAUUUUAUACCAACAUUCAAUCAUUGGUCAAAACCAUGGUACUUCUACAAAACCGAAUCUUGUGCUUAAUUAUUACAGUUCUUUCCUUUUCUAUUCACCACUCUGUUAUCAUUCUAUUUCCCUUUCUUUUUUCCUGGGUUUGAACUGAAUUCACAAUGACACUAUUAUGUAAGAAAUAACACAAAUUCUAAAGAAUAUUUGUCAUUCCAUUUUCUGUCUUGAUUGUUGUUUGGUUUUACUUUUAAUUUUCUGUUAUGAUGGCUAGUUUAUGCUAUGGUGUUAUUUGUGCUUUGAAAGCUGGUGUUCAGAUGAAGAAGGCAGUCUCAAUUGCAAUAUCUUGUGUUGCAAUUGUUAUAUACCAAUAUUAUUAUUAUUAUUGUUGAUUAAUCUGUUGGUAAAAUUUUACUGUACCCAAUUUAAAGACAUCUGGGAUUUCUUUGGGCAAUAUUUUAUGUAGGUACCUGUGCGUGAUUAACAUUUCAACCGCUGCUACCUGGUAACUGUCUUUGUCACAAAAAUCCAUACCUUUUUAAAGAACUGUAUCUUUUGAAGACUGUGACUUUACAUUUAGUCAAUGUAUUUUACCUAUUCCAUUGCUGAAUUUUCCUUGGAUUUGUAUGUGUUUAAGGUAUUUUUUAUGUAUGGCAAGAAAAUUUUUGUUUUCUGAUAUUGCUAUUACAUACACUGUUCAAUCAUCAAAUAUGAUAUGGUUCGUCUUAUUGAAUGAAGGAGGUAGCUGUAUUCCAACUCAUGAUUAAGGUUAUAACAAUUAAAAAUUAAUACUGUAAAUCAAUUUUGAUCGUACCUAAGAAAUAUUGAUGCGCAAAAGUUUUCUGUGAUUUAUUUCAUUUGUAUUUUGUAACCUGUAAAUUUUUACAUAAACUACCUAAUCAUUAGAUAAAAGGCAAAUAAUAUUCCUGUUUAACUACUAUGAGAUUACUGGUGUAACUCUUAUUAUAAAUUGCUCAAUAUCAAAACACUCUGUUGUACAUUUUUUAAGGGGAAGCUUUUGUGAUGAUCCUGUAUUUAAAUGCUUACUAAGGUACAUGAUUCUUACAAAAAUUAUUGGUAUGAUAGGGCUUUGUUAGUUGUGAUAAUCAUCAUAUAGAUAUGUCUAGUCUUUAUUGAGAGCGUGUUCUUUUAUAUAGAACGUAUACUGUACUGAUGUUCAAGUAUUAAAUGUUCUUUUUAAAAAUUUCAAAGUUUAGAGCUUUUUUGAACUUGCUUAUUUUUUACCGGUAUCAUGGUCUUUUAUUAAAUAUAUGUAUAUAGUUGACUCUGUGAGCCAAAGUUACUUUAGCCUGAACUAAGUAGUGUUUAUCAAUGAAAGGAAGCAUUUUUGAGUCUUGCCUGAACAAUUUUCUAUGCAUUUCCAUUUGUUCAAUCUACGCUUAAAAUUUUUGCGCAGUUUUGUUGGUAAACAUAUUUCAGUAUGCCUUUUUUCUGUUAUCACCAUGUCUCAAAGCCUAUAAUUCCAUUUUGAAAUGUAUUACAAAGAUUUUGAAGCCAUGUAAAAACUUGCUUCUUUCAAAAUAAAAUUCAUUUUCUCACAAUGAA